AUGGCUGAGAAAGCUGGCCUUGGUCCAAACAUCAGCAAUCAUAGCGGGCGAAAAACGAUGAUGCAAACUUUGACCAACAACGAUGUUGCUCCCACAGACAUAGUUCAACUUUCUGGGCAUAAGAAUUUGCAAAGCGUUACGAAUUAUUCAACCGUAAGCCAAAACCAGCAAAUGAAAAUGUCUCGAGCCUUAGCGAACUUGGCGACUUGCAAAGAGUCCUCCACUUCGAGUAUUAGCGAACAAAAGCCAAACCGGGAAGUCGAACACCAACAACAACAACAAGCAAUGGCUUUGUUUUCUGGCGCGGUAAUUCAAGGAGGUCACAUAAGCAUUUCGAUAAACAGUUUAAAUCAGUCUCCAGUAGCAGUGACAGAAGAUGUGUCGCCACAAAAAUACAAACGAAUAAGAUUAAUUGAGUCUGAUUCAGACUAAAUGUUGUUGACGUCUAGAUUUUGAACUUUGAGUGACAUUUCGUUUCUAAUACGUUACUUAUUAAGCGCACGAACACGGUAAUGUGACGGUAAUUCAUAUAUUGUUUACGCUUAAAUUUUACUCAAAAUAUAGUAAUUGUUUAUCAAGUUUUUGAGCUUUGUAACAUUGCAAUGACAGUUUCAUUGAAUAAUUACGAUUUUAAAGCGAAAUAAUUCAGUUGUUGUAGCUAUUGUUGUACUUUUUUAUGCAUAUUAUAUAUGUUUGAAACGUUUGGUGAAUUGUGUCUAUCGUUCAGCACUUAAAUUUCACUCUAAUAUAUAAUAACUCAUAUAAUAAACAAAUUACUUCAUGGUUGAUUCGCUUGUACGAUUUUUAUUAUGCACUCGUUGCGAAAAAUUCCUAUAAACUCACUCGUUCGCUGCGCUCACUCGUUCGUUUAUAGAAAUUUUUCGCAACUCGUACAUAAAAAUCGUACGCGCUCAUCAACCAUGAAGUAAUCUCUAUAUAUCAAUAGUCAAAGUCGCAUUUUUCUAGUGUUUUAUUGGUUUAGAGCAUAUCACGUGAGAGUGACGAAAUUAGGCUGUCUCCCUCGCAACAGCGCGAGAGGGAGAUAAUACGUUAUCGGCCGGCGAAUAACAAAAAAAAUCACGUGCGCCAUCACGUGAAAAUGCGACUUUUGGACAUUAUUAUUAUUAUUAUUAUUAUUAUUACGUCUUUAUACACGGUAACUAAUCAACCAUAUUACCUAUCAGUAUUUACAAAAAUUAUAAAGGUUGUUUUUCAUUAGGCCGUGUUAUUAAAUACAAAUUAAAACUCGAAAUACUAUUAUAUAAACUAUUAUAAAAAUAUUAAAGAUACUAAGAAAUAUUUGGGUCGAAGCGAUACGUUAAAUAUAUAUAUUACAAAUGAAUUAAGUAGAUUUAAAAAUUUUACUAUUAUAGUUCCAGUCUUUAGCAGUAGCAUAUCCGAAUGUCCUUUUCAUUGAAUUUGUUUUAGGCUUCGACAACAUCAGCAUCUUGUUAUUACUUCUUAAAUUAUAUUUAUUAGAAUUUGAGAUUUUAAACAUAGUUGAAACGUUUUCAGGACAUUGGUUUGAAAGGGCUUUGGUCACAUAUGCUAAUUUUUGCUCCUUUCUUCUCUCUUCGAGUGUUCUCCAAUUUAAUUUCUUUAAAAUAUCCGUGGAGCGAAUUUCAUAGGUAUCACCUGUGAUUACUCUAGCUGCACGGUUUUGUAGUCUCUGUAGCUUUUCUUUUGAACCUUCGCCACUGUUUCACCAAACCAUGGAGCAGUAAUCAAAACUCGGUUGCACUAAAGCCUGAUAAAUAUAUUUAAGAGUUUCAAGAGACAAAUGGCUUUGCACGGCGCAGCAUACCAUUGCCCUUCGAUACCUUUUUACUGAUGUUGUCGAUUUGCUCAUUCCAACAUAGAUUGUCAUCAAUCAGUACACCUAAAGUCUUUUUGGAAUAAACCUGUUUCAAUAGUUUCCCCCCGCAUGAUACGCUAGUAUUUUUUUGAAUUUUAGCUAGUCUUUGACGGGUUCCAAUGAUCAUGUAUUCUGUUUUUUUUUCAAUGUUUAAAGUUAGCUUGUUUGAAAGAAGCCACUGGUGAAUAUUUUUCAUUUCAGAAUUUAGUGCUUCCUCCAAAUUAUUAAUGCUAUCUGAACAUACUGUAAGAUUUGUAUCAUCUGCAUACAUUGCCGGACAGGAUUUAUCCAAGCAAUUUGGCAGGUCAUUGACGUAUAAUAAAAACAAAAGGGGACCAAGGUUCGAUCCCUGGGGAACCCCACAACGUAUUUUCCUGGUGGACGAUGUUGCACUGUUCACCCUGCAGUAUUGCGUUCUGUUAUGCAAAUAAGAUUUAAACCAAUCUAAGGCCUUAUUUUGGAUUCCAUAGAUAGAUAAUUUACUUAGGAGAAUUCCGUGAUCAACCGUAUCAAAUGCUUUACAUAAGUCCAGAAAAAGUACUCCGUUUAUCAUCCCAGCAUCCAUGUUAAGUAACCAUGAAUCCGUAUUUGCUAAAAGGGCUGAUGCGGUGGAAUAAUUUUUACGGAAACCAGACAUGCCUAGUACGUAAUUAAAACUUUCGCUUUAAGUAACUGCAGUGUAGCCAGUAUUUAAUAUAACGUUUUAACAAUAAAAUAUUUCAUGUAUUUACGUUCAUUUGUUCUUUAAUUUGUUGUUUCUUUGACGGUCUCUGGUCCACAAAACACACUGUUUCCCUCGGUCUCAGUAAAUAAGUGAUAAUUGUACGACUAGAAUCGGUGGUAAAUAAGUCUGAAAUACAAGUGAUUAAUACGGCGCCGGCUGUUGAAACUUUGCAUAUCUCACCCUCACAAAUCCGAGCGAAAUUGCCUAAAAUAACGCUGCAAAAGUUUAGUAGAGGAAACGUUACGAAUUGGAAUCCCUUUUGGGAAUCGUUUAAAGCGGCUGUUCACGAGAACAACAGUAUUUCGAAAGUCGACAAAAUGAAUUAUUUGUUUUCGCAUUUCGAGGGCGCAGCUGCUCGAUCAUUCAAGGAUUGACUUUAACCGAAGCAACUAUUGCGACGCCGCCAUUGCUAUUCUCGAGGAAAGAUUUGGUCGACCACAACAAAUUUUUGCUGCUCAUAUGGAUGAGCUUCUUAAGGUCCAACCUUGUUCAAACGAACGGUCAUCAUCUAUUCGAUUUGUUUAUGAUAAAAUUCGAGUUCAUGUACGCGGGUUAGAGGCACUGGGGGUUACCCCAGAACAAUAUGGUAGUUUACUAAUACCGAUAUUGAUGUCAAAGCUCCCAAAUAGCUUACGAUUGGAAGUUGCACGAAAGUCCACGAAUGAAGUUUGGAAAAUCAACGAACUUUUGGAAAUUGAAGCGAGAGAAGCAAGCGACCAAGUGAAAUUAAACGACUCAAGAUCACACCCCUCCUUGGAACGGAGCAAAAAUCAACACCCCACGUCUCAAGCGUUGUUUUCGAAGCAAAAUCAAGGGGAUUCGACGAGAAUUCGGUGUGCGUAUUGUAACGAACAGCAUUAUUCAGCGUCUUGUGAAAAAGUAACCGGUUUGCAAGAUCGAAAGGAUAUAUAACGGAGAGACAAGCGUUGUUUUAUUUGUUUACGUAUUGGUCACGUGUCGCAAGAGUGGCAAAAUUCAAGGGGAUGUCGAAAAUGUGAUCAAUGACAUCAUCAAUCAAUUUGUUCUCGAAGUAAUCACAAAAAACCAGCAGAUUCAACGAAAGAAAACCUGGAUACCCACAGCCAAACAAAGCCUUGUGAUUCAGCUGAAACCACAACAGCUACAAGUGCAACGAGCACAUCACGUAAUCUGUUGGGACAUCCAUUUGGUCUUCUUUCCAUGGUAGCGACACUUCGUAGCGGUGGUCUUCGUAUUUAAUGUUCUUCAGAAACGACUUCGAUAACUGAUUAAUGGAUGAAUCUUCAGGUUCUCGGAUUCCAAUCGAUUCAGUCUCCCAGAAUUGUUUGAACGUAGACUUUAACUCAUCAUCACCAUUAGCUGAGCGGUUUCCAAAUUCCCCAGAUAUGAUCAGAUUCGUCGUAAACGUGUCAACUGAAUUCGUUCCUGCACCAUUGAUAGGACCAGACAGCAACCAGCCCAACUUACUCCUUUUGGCUGUAGGACCAUGAUCUCCUCGAAUUGUCUCUCCAGUAACUAAGUUCCAAUAAUAAUCUGAUCCUAUUAAAACAUCAAUAGAACCACUAUCUUGGUCAUCAAACGCAUCAGCUAGGGCAAGCCCUUCGAUAUGUGGGUAUUUCGACUUUGAGAGGCAAUGAUGAACAUAUGACUGGAAAACUUAAUUUAAGGCAGCUGCAUCAACCAUUUCACCGUCCCCCUUUUGCAGGCUUAAUUUGAAUAUAUCACAGGUUUCCUUUCGAACGCGGUCAUCACCAAACGUGUUUAAACGAAGGCUUUCCUUUUCCACAGGUUUCAAACCCAGACGCGAUUUCAAACUGUUCGUAAUAUAUGUUCUUUGACUUCCAGUGUCAAAUAAAACACGAACGGUGGUUGAUCUCAUACUGUCAGCGUUUGUAGCAAUGCAUUGAGCGGUUUGAAGUAGGACCACUUUUCCCUCCCGUGAUGUGAAAUCCCUACAGUACAAAUUAUGAAAGGAACCAGAACUUCUUGAAGAAUAUAACAACACCAUCAACGAUCAAUUGGAGAAAGGAGUGGUUGAAGAAGUUCCUCCGGAAGAAUUGGGAAAUGCAGAGAAUGAAACGAGUGGGGAAGAAAGACCAAUACAUUACAUGCCUCAUCAUGCGGUCGUGCGAAAGGAUAAAGAUACUAGGAAACUACGCGUGGUUUAUGACGGGUCUGCUAAGUCUGACAGUGAUGGACGAUCACUAAACGAAUUCUUAGAAACGGGUCCAAAUUUUUUACCACAUCUCUUCGAUGUCCUCGUAAGGUUCAGGUGGAAUUCAGUUGCAAUAUCGGCCGACAUCGAAAAGGCAUUUCUCAUGCUGCAAUAUCGGCCGACAUCGAGAAGGCAUUUCUCAUGGUGGGGAUUGACUCAAGAGAUCGAGAUAUGCUUCGCUUCCUCUGGCUAGAAGACCCCGAAAGACUGAAUUCAAAGAUCAAACAUUUGAGAUUUUGUCGUUUGGUAUUCGGACUUCGCCCCUCACCAGCAAUUCUCCGUGCAACUAUUUACCAACACUUGAAUUCAUACCAAGACCAGUACCCUGAACUUAUCGAACUGAUAAAGAAAUCAUUGUAUGUGGACGAUCCUAUCAGGAGGCAGCAACGAUAGCCAAACGUUCGAUAUCUACAAAUGGUCCAAAGAAAUUAUGAGCGAAGGAGGAUUUAAUUUAAGGAAGUGGAAUUCAAAUUCCUCCACCCUUCUUGAAUCCAUCAACAAGUGCGAAAUCCAUCAAGAUACCUUAACCCAGACCGAAAAGAAAGUUACCACCGAGGAUGAAUCAUACACGAAAUCUACGAUCGGUCCCAAUAACUCGAACAGAGAGAAAUCAGUAAAGGUAUUAGGAUCAAAUUGGAACACUCAUUCUGACGAACUGUUCUUUGAUUUCGAGAACUUGAUCACUUAUGCCAAGUCGUUGCCAAUCACAAAACGGGCAUUGCUUGAACUGACAGCCAAGAUCUUUGAUCCUUUGGAUUUCCUUAGCCCAUUCACAAUUCGCCUGAAAGCGAUGUUCCAGAUACUCUGCUGUGACAAAAUCGACUGGGAUGAAGAGUUACAUGGAGAUUCACGCGAAAGGUUCAAUUCCUUUGUGUCUGAUUUGCAGCAUCUGUCCAACGUUAGGAUACCUAGAUGUUAUUUUGAUGUGAGAUCCAAGCCAACGAACAUUCAACUUCAUGGAUUUAGUGACGCGUCUCAACAAGCAUUCGCCGCAGUAGUUUAUCUGAGGUCAACCUACGAAGACGGUCGCGUAGCAGUCAAGUUUGUAGCAUCGAAGACCAAGGUCGCGCCCACAAAGAAACAAAGUAUUCCGCGUCUGGAACUACUGGGAGCUCUUAUCCUCGCACGAUUAGUAGCAACCAUCAAGGAAUCUUUGUCUCUGCCGCUAGACACUGAAACGUUCUAUUGGGUAGACUCUAUCACUACAUUGUAUUAGAUACAGAAUGUUAAGAGUUGGAAGCAGUAUGUCGAACAUCGAGUCCGAGAGAUACGCCAAUUGUCAGACAAGGAACAGUGGAGAUUUUGUCCGGGUUUGCAAAAUCCUGCGGAUUUACCAUCCCGUGGUUUGAACGGAGAGGAGCUUGAAACGAACAUAGUGUGGUGGAAUGGUCCCGAAUUUCUCUGCCAAUCAGAAGAAUCGUGGCCCGUACAUCCAACAAGUAAAACUGAUCCAGAGAAAGCAAUUAAAGAAAUUGUAAAGAAUCCUCAGACCGUUACGCAUUCGUUUGCAACCACUGAUAACCACCGAGCAUCAACAACUCGUCUAGACAAGAUCAUUGACUGUAAUUCUUACAGCACGUUGACACGAUUAUUGCGGGUUACAGCCUACGUAUUACGUUUUAUCAAUAUCCUAAAGAAGAAACGCCGAGAGGAACAAUCGAGUAAUUCACAAGUGAAAGCACUUACAGCAACAGAGAUUAGCCAAGCCGAGUCCAUGUGGAUACGAACUGUCCAAAUGUCAUCCUUCGAAAGUGAAUUAGAUUUUAUCGAAAACAGUCGUGAUUGUUGUCCACCAGCUUAUGUUAACCAAUUCGGUCUGGUUCUAGAUGAUCAACACAUAUUGCGAUGUAAAGGUAGAAUUAACAAUGCCACAGUUCCUGAGUCCUCAAAGAACCCAGUUUUACUUCCUUCAAAACAUCAUUUCUCCGAUCUGAUAAUCUAAGAUGUGCACAAGAAAAUCAUGCAAUCAGGUAUUCGCCAGACACUGGUUACUCUGCGAGAACGAUUUUGGGUAUUACGCGGUCGAGAAGCCGUUAAAAGAAAUUUGAGGAAGUGCAUCAUUUGUCAAAAGCAUGAAGGAAUCGCAUUCAAACCUCCAUCUGCGCCCGAUUUGCCAGCGGAAAGAGUAUCAAUGGAACCGCCCUUUACAUUUACCGGCUUAGAUUUCGCAGGACCUUUGUAUGUUCGUAGAGAGAGAGAGAACGUCUCAACGCAAUGCCAACAAACUAACAAAGUAUUCGUUUGUUUGUUUACAUGUGCGUCAACCCGGGCAGUCCACUUGGAGCUGACACAGGGUCUAAGUGUUCAAUUAUUUCUGAUGGCAUUUCGCCGUUUUGCUAGUCGUCGAGGACUGCCGUCUAUGCUUAUAUCGGACAAUGCUAAAACAUUCCGAUCAGCGUCGAAAGAAAUACAAGCAUUAUCACGUUAACAGGAUGUGUUGAGUCGUUUGGCCAAUAACCGCAUUACUUGGACAUUCAUCGUGGAAAGGGCCCCAUGGUGGGGAGGUUUCUGGGAGAGAUUGAUAAAGAUAAUAAAGCGAUGUCUAAAAAAGAUUGUUGGUCGAUCAACACUGACUUUGGAAGAACAAAAUACCGUUCUUAUCGAAAUCGAAGCUGUAAUAAACACUCGGACAAUUACGUACGUCUAUGACGACGAAGAAUCUUUAUCUUAUCCACUGACACCAUCUCAAUUGAUUAACGGUCGACAAAUUACCCCGAUGCCAAGCAGUGAACAUUACGAACUUAUGAGUACCAGUAACGUCUUGACAAAAAGAGCAAAGCACCAAAGAAAGGUCCUUCAUCAAUUUACCGAUCAAUGGCAAAAAGAGUAUUUGCUUAGUUUACGAGAAAACGCUACGUGUAAGUCCAAAUCGAAAUCGAAUCGAGCGAAUAUAUCUGUAGGAGACAUAGUUUUGGUGAAAUCGGAUUCUACAAAACGAGCUUUCUGGAAACUAGCCAGAGUCGAGGAGCUGUUGGUGAGGAAGGAUGGUCAGAUACGAGCUGCGAGAGUCAAAGUCGCAAACGGCGAAAGAAACCCAGUCUGUUUAAGAAGAGUAAUCCAACAUUUAAUUCCAUUGGAAAUUAGAUCGGCCGACGAAGGGAUUGCAGACUCCGAAGAAGAUGAUAAGGUGACAACGGAUCAACUAAGGGAACUUGAAGUAAACAAUUUGAACAAUGAUGAAGCCGUUAACAAUGACUGACGACCACGACGAAAGGCUGCGUUGCGAGGAGAAGAACUUAGAAGACUAUCUAUGAGUUGAUCAUCUUAAAUGAUCAACCCCGGGCAGUGUAUAAAACAUUUUUAAUUUAUAUUAAUUUAUGUUGAUUGGGCAUUAUAUGCCGGCCAAUCAGGAGACGGUUGCCAUAGAAACAAAUGUAUGAUUUUAGAACGAACUGCGAACGGUUUUUUUUUUGCGAGUUUUAAGGUUGUUUUGUUGUAAUAUUGUAGUUGAUUUUCGACAAAUACACUAAUAAAUUGAAAGAUUUGUUAUAGCAGUCAAUAUAAUAUUAUAACCACUGGGGCAUUGACCCCAGUAGGGACCACACCCUGUGUAAAUGACACCUAAUAACUAUUCUUCUUUUUGUUCUAUUGUUCAGGGAUUUGAAGCACGAGGUACAGUAAUCAGUGAUCGUUGGCGAAGUCAAUUGAAUCUUUUCUAUGAUGAACACAGAGGCAAAGUCACAAGAGUUCCUACUAGGUGUGGAAUUAAAAAUCCUAUAGGUGAACAACAGAUUGGAGACACUCCUGCAGCAUGCAAUAAAGAACAAACAUUCACUCAGGGUAAACUCACAGCAAAACUUGUAUUCAGUACUAAGAACGGACAGAAUUUGCUGACUGCAAAAAACCUGAAAUCAAUUUGCCGUUUGGAAAACAAAAUAGUUCGUAAGUACUAUAAUUUUGAUAAUCAUUGUCACAAAGCGAAUGGAACACAGCAUUGCUGUCCAAGUUGGUCCAUUGGGUAUUAUAUUGCACUUUUAAAUGGGAAUGCCUCGUGUCUGAAUAUAGAUGAAACUAAGGUGAAAAGAACAAGUAUUUUACUAAAGAUGUGCUCCGUAUUCUACCAUAACGAAACAUUGAAAUCAGACUGCUGGGAUUUUAUGAUGAAUCAAAAAAGAUCAGGAAGAUGCAUUCAAGUUCCAGACAAUUGUACAAAGUUCAAUGCUGUUUACAAUGUACUUCAUUAUCUUACUGAUAAACGUUUCUUGUCUGGUGGGUCGGAUUCCAGCCUAUUCCUUCACUAUAGCCUCGUUCUCGUGCCUGUUAAAGUAAACGAAAACUUCCAAGUUGGUAUUUAUAAAUCACAACUAAAAGAUCGCGAUAUUAGCGAUGGUAAUGUUGUACUAUCCGGAUAUGAAAUGAGUGAACUGAAAUACGCAAUCUUCAACGAGCGCAUGUUGAUUGAUCUAUACCUCGCUGCAAUUGCAAUGUUCUUUGUGAUGAUUAUUCUUUGGCUGUAUACUCGUUCAUUUCUUAUUACAUCAGUGGUUGGACUUAUUGUAGUGUCAAGUCUGAUCAUUUCUUAUUUCAUCUAUACUAAGGUGCUUGCUAUGACGUUCUUCCCGUUUUUGAAUCUUCUCACCUCAGUUUUCUUGGUUGGUAUUGCUGCGGACGAUGCCUUUGUUUACAUGGAUGUUUGGAACCAGUCCAUGCACAAACACGAGGAAAAGCUUGGGCAGCCACCAUCGAAUAGAGAAACACGUGACGAGGAAUUGAUAAGUAUUACAGCUGACACAAUGAAACACGCAUCCUUAUCGAUGUUUGUUACAAGUUUUACAACAUCUGCAGCGUUUCUUGCAAGUCUGACUUCAGAGAUUACGUCUAUUCGAUUGUUCGGUCUUUAUUCUGGUCUGUCUAUUUUAUGUAUGUUUUUCCUUAUGGUGACGUGGUUUCCUGCUGUGGUUAUACUUCAACAGAAAGUAUUUUCGCGCUUCACUUGCUGUUCCACAUUUUGUCGGAAACUUAAGGGUAUCUGCAACAUUAGUACAGUAUUUGAUAAAUUAAUGGCAUGGCAUACAGCAUUUUUUACGAAUUUUCUACCACGUAUUGUUAUAAAAUUAAGAUAUUUUUCUGUGGUAUUUUUCGUUCUUCUCGCUGUAGGGAGUAUAGUUGUCUCAACUGUCGAUCCGGGACUUCAGUUACCUUCGUCUCAGGACUUUCAAAUGUUCCGCGAGUCACAUGCACUCGAGAAAUACCCAUUGAAAUUGAAGAAGAAUUUCCAUUUUGAGACAGCGAAAAGGACUAGUUUUCCGAUCAACUUAAUAUGGGGCAUCAAAGCCACUGAUACGGGCGAUCAGUUCGAUCCAUCCGACGAGGGAAGCCUUAACUGGGAUGAUGAUUUUGAUAUUGCUAGUCAGGAGGGUCAACGAUGGAUCGUUAGCCUUAUUCCUCGCUUGAAAAAGCAAUCAUUUUUUGCUAAAGAUCAAAAAUUGGCCUUCAUCGAAGAGUUCUUUGUCCACAUGAGCAUGAAUUGCACGAAAAACAAUCGAAUAUGUUGCUCAGAUUCAACAUUUCCGUACAAUUCUACCACAUUUUCUGAAUGCAUGCAACAAAUGCAGUGCCAAAGAAUAAAGGAGAUUCAGUUUAGUAGUCAAAGUAUAACAGAUGGCGUACCGAUCUUCGAUGCCAGAGGCCGGUUAAGAGCAAUGUCCUUGAAGUUCGACAGCACCGUGGCAUUCACGUGGUCGUAUGAUCCAGCGGACAAUUUCUGGAUGGAAACAGAAAGUUGGGCUAACGGGGAGUUUAACGAAGCGCCGUCAUCCGCGAAAGGAUGGUUUAUAAGCGAGCUACAAUUCUACGAUUUACAGAAAAGUUUAUCCAAAGGAACAUUUAUAUCAAUGAGUGUCUCCCUUGCUAUUGCUUUUGGAGUGAUGCUUCUCACAACCGGAAAUGUAUAUAUUAGCGUGUUUGCUACUCUUACCAUAACUUGUACCCUUGGUGCAACUGUUGGGUCCCUGGUACUGAUGGGAUGGAAGUUGAAUAUUUUAGAGUCCAUUACGUUAUCUGUAUCUGUGGGUCUGUCGGUCGACUUUACAUUGCAUUACGGAGUUGCAUACGUACUAGCUGUGGACAAGACAGACAGGAAGUCCAGAGUGUCAUUUUCUAUGACUGGUAUGAGUUCGGCCAUCAGUAUGGCAGCAUUUACUACCUUCAUUACAGGUUAGUAUGAUAAUGACUCAUCCCUUUAUUAACAAUGGCAACAAUUAUAAUUUCCAGUGAUGAUCACUCCCAUAUGCAGGUUCCUAAAGCUAAUCGAGGUGGGGAUAGAUUAAUUUACUGAUAAAAUUAUUUUGUAUAUUUGGUUUAGAUUUUUCUUUAAAACUCUAGGAUUAUACAAAUGUAUAAAAUUCUUUAUAUUUGGGAUGUUCUGGACAGUUUACUGACCGUCUACAGGCUAGCUUUUUUUGAUGUUGUUGUUUUUACAAAAAUAAUUUUAUAUACAAAUAAUUUUGUUAUUUAAUUGUACACACAUUAACUUACUUAACCAUGAGAAUAUUGAUGGAACUCAUUUGAACACGUCUGGAGUCCAUUUAAAUAAACAAGGAACUGCCAUUAUGGCUCAAAACAUUAGAAAUUUUUUUAAGCAUUCAAAUUGACUUUUUACUUCAACUUUAAUUACCGAUGUCAGCAACGAUUCUAUUAACGAAUGGUUAUUUCAUGCUAGCUCUCCUUUACCAAAAUUACGGAGCUUUAAAAUUGCCCAUCUAAAUAUUACUAGUUUAAUUAACGAAACAUUUCGACGAGCUUUUAAUUUACAUGCAAGAUAAACCUUUUGACAUUUUGACAUUUUAAACGAAACGCGGCUUGAUAAUAAUAUAUCAGACUCUGAAGUUAAGAUCUCUGGAUAUGAUAUUAUACGCCGUGAUAGAAAUAGAAAUGGCAGUGGCGUAGCAAUGUAUAUUCGAAGUAACAUAUCAUUUAUUAAUCGUAACGACUUGGUACCUGAAGUACUCGAACAAAUCUGUGCGGAAAUAAGUAAGCCUAAAAGUAAACCUUUUUUGUUUCCUCAAG